UCUGAGUUAAAUUGCAGGGAUCGAUCUGCUCUUUAUUUACUCCUGCAUUUCUUUAAGAAAUAACGUUUUGACACACGCGACACGGUAAACAUGCCCAGCAAGAGAAAGAAAAACAAGCGCCGAAUGAGAAGAGUUCAGACGCAAAGAAUGGCCCUGGAGGACCAGUAUGGCCCUUCUGGAAUGGGGACCAUAGGAGUGCGUGCAGUCUCUGCCCCAGUUACCACACAGGUUCCAGUUCCCAAAACCUCAAAGCCUUCCUCAGUGGUCCCAGUUAAAGCUCCAGUGCUAUUGGUUCCCCCAAUUAAAGUUCCAGUUAAAGUUCCUCCUGUAGAGCCAGUUUUGGACCCAGUCACAAUUAACAUGGAGGCUAUCGAGGACCUUAACAAAGAUUUGUUGGAAACCCGUGUAGAAGAACCAGCUGUGAUUAAGGAGUCAGAAGGUGUCACAGUUCCAGUAACAGAGGUCACAGCAUCUACAGACGAACCAUUACCCAUCCCAGAUGAAUCUGAGACACUUGAACCUCUCAAGACACCUGCUGACAACGAGGAUGAAGUUAAAGGUGUUGCUGAGAUUUCUGCAGAUGAGUCUGUGGUAGGACCUGAGGAGACGGCGUCUGCAGCCGAAACCUUAGCUGCAGUUCAACCUGCAAGAGAAACAGCGGCGGGUGAUGUUGAGCCUGCAGUGGAGGUCAAUGAGCCUGCCGUGGAGGUUGUGGGAGGACCUGUUGUGAAAGCAGAGCCUAUGACUGCUGAAACUGAGCCUCUGGAUAUCCAAACGUUCGCAGAAGUCACAAAGGCUAUGGAAUGUUAACAUUGGCCAACAAGAAAAACCUCAUCUGCUGCAUCAUCAGCUGUGGAGACACUGACACUUGAUGAAACAUCAGGGGCGGGUGGAGUUGGUUGUGCUCCAAAGUACUUCAACA